AUGAACCCGAAGGUCUGGGAUAAUCCCGAUAGAUUUGAUCCAGAUCGAUGGGAUACAGAGCAGGUGGAGAACCGUCAUAAGACUGCAUACGUUCCAUUCGCAUAUGGGCCGAGAUCGUGCAUCGGCUUCAACUUCGCUCUCCUCGAGGUGAAGAUCUUCGUCUGCAAAUUCGUGUGGCACUAUCAUCGGGAGAAGGAAGGCGAAACGGAAACAGAAUACGAUCCGUUCUUCCAGCUGAUUCGACCCGUCGACUUCAUUCUGAAUGCGAUGCUCAAUUGGCUCCAUUACCGCGCGUCUUUCGCUGUGUCGACUAAUCCCGAAUUAAAGCACAAACAAAGCGACCCCGGACUUGCAGCCUUAUUGAAAGGCAUUCUCGAUCCGCCGACAAGAAGCGUUGAACAGCAGGAAACCCUGCACAAGGAGGACGCACGCACCCUGUGGGUUGGAGUGUCCGAGAAAGAUGAGAAACAAUUCAUCCAUGAGGGUUCUGUGUACGAAGAUUUGAUUUUCGAAAAUCCCGCAAUACAACCAUGGGGAAUCUAUCCUGGCCUGAUUACAUUCGUAGGAGACACAGGGGCUGGGAAAAGCGCUCUCAUCAAGCUCCUCAUCGAGGUAGGACUGUGGUCUGCCGACAGCUUUCCCGGUUUCGUUUACCAGAAAAGCACAUUUCCAUUACGGCAGAACCCGGUUCAAAAACGAUCAACUCCCGUCGUUGGAUGCGAAGAUGACGAGCAAACCCCUACCUCAGCGGAUGUUCACCUCUAUGCGGAUCCAAGAACACUUUCUGACAAGAGUUCUGGCGACUGUCCCAUGCUGUAUGCGGAUUGUGAAGGGUUUGGAGGAGGCGAGCAAGAUCCACUCGCUUCUCGAUUUGGUGCCCCAGACUUCGAUCCUGUGGGUGCAUCGGAACAGCUCAACAAGAAAAUACAGCCGUUCCUAGAGGGAGUCGAUAGAUACACCCCGAAGCAUAUAAACUGGGCAGAUUGCGAAAGGCAGAGCGUGGUGGAGGGUCUCUAUCCUCGCCUCUUUUAUUCGUUCUCAGAUGUGGUAGUUUUUGUUCAGGAGAAUUCGAGGAAAUUUGAGGAAGUCGUCGUCAAAUUGGUUGACUGGGCUCAUCGAGCAAUUGAGAAAUCUUGCAAUCAAUCCGUUCUUCCGCACGCGGUCAUUGUGUUGAAUAAAGCGGGAACAAGCAACAGUGGGAAGAGUGACAGAUGGGACCCCGAUUCUGUCACGAAUACACAACUGGAGGCGGUUAACAAGGCUCUAGAGAAGAAAAAAGAGCUCAAGGAGAAAGUUGCCUUCUGGACUAAGCGCAAUGUGAACAUCAGGACUAGCAAGGAUCUUCUUGAGUGCUACUACGCAAGCGUCAAGGUUAUCCGCAUUCCCAUCUUACAUGAUCCCGAGUUGCUGGAGAAGCAAGUUUCCAAGCUUUACGACAUGAUAUCCGCAAAGUGCAACGAAUCCCAAGGGCGGAGACGCCAAUGCCGCAUGAGACUCGAUGCUGUCAAACUCCAUCUAUAUCUGAGGAACGCUUUCGACCACUUCGCCACUUACGCUGACAAGCCUUUUGACUUUGUCAAGGCGUCAUUCGACAUCAAUCCGAUCUCGCCCACCUUUGGUUUGCGCGAUGGGAUUUUACGAUUGGCGAUCACGGUGCAGCCGCUGCUUGAGGAUCAUAGUGGCUCGCUUGUCUGGCAGAAGAUCAGUCGUGUCAUCGCAUCCUGUUUCCUGCUCAACGCAUAUCAAAGAAGCGUAAAGGGUCUCGGCAAUUCAGACUCAGUUUUCAACCAGUACUGGGAUCAUUGUUCAAAGGCUCUUAAGGACUUCUAUGAUAGGAACUGGCCCUGUGAGUAUACGAGCCCUAGGAUCAAGCGCUGUGUGAAUGUCCAAAAUGCCCAUCGGAAAGGCCAUCAAUCGAAAGACGGAGAGCUUGAGGGCGGCGUCUGGCAGUGUAAUCAAACUUUGGAAGCGGUACAGCAGAGUGUGAAGAAGUGUCUUCUUGGCGAGCUGCAAGGCAUUGCACCAGACUUUCGUCUUCAACAAGGAGAUCCCAGUUCUGACGAGGAUCAUCUACGCAAGGUCUAUCAAUGUCACCAAAGGAACCUGGAUGAACUCUAUUGCGAAUGGGGAGAAGGUGCUCCAUUCAAGAGCCACACAACCUGCUUCUCAUGUUUGUUGGAAUCCCCUGAGCAUGUGUUGCCAUGCGGACAUAUCAUUUGUACUCCUUGCACCGCAGCCUUCGGAACACCACUUGGAGCAGGUUUCAUCAAGAUGGACAGCUGCCCGUUGAGCCGGCAUAAAGAAGUGUGGAAUGAGAGCCAAUACCUUGCCUCUAUCAAACCGGACCAAGCGGGUGUGCGUGUGUUGACCUUGGACGGGGGCGGAAUUCGGGGUAUAGUAGAGUUGACUAUACUGAAAGAGAUUGAAGAAACUUUGGGUAACAAAGUGCCCAUUCAGGCGUUCUUCGAUCUCAUUAUCGGGACUAGUACUGGUGGCAUCAUAGCUCUGGGGCUUGGCCAACAAGGCUGGAAUGUUUCAAAAUGCACAGAGACUUUCAGAGAGCUUUCGACAGAGGCAUUCACUAAGCAUCGAGGUCCAUCCUGGGCUGAAAAGGCAACCAUUGCAAUCAACCAUGGAAAAUACCGCACUUCUCCUCUCGAGGAAGCGUUCAAGAAAGCUUUCUCUGAUAAGGUCCUCUUAUUUGGCCACCCGAACACUUCGGAAGCCGUGCGCACGAAAGCUGCUGUGGUUACGACGAAUCCCCGAGGUCAAGUUACGCUUAUCAGUAACUACAACCGCAGAGUUUCCAAGGGUCUACUCUACACGUUCUAUCGCGCUGAAGGCGCAAAAGAAGAGUUCAAAACAUGGGAAAGUGCGCGCGCUACCUCCGCUGCGCCUACUUACUUUGAGGAGUUCAACCACGAGCUUUCCGAACAAGUCUAUCUGGACGGUGGAAUAUACCACAACAAUCCAAUCAGCAUUGCAGAUGCCGAAUCAAAGCAAAUAUGGCCGCAAGAAAAAUACCGCCAUCCCGAUAUCUUACUGUCAAUUGGCACGGCAUUUUUCAAAAACGAGCUGGGGACUACUGACAGCCCUGCUACGGCAGGGUCUAAGGGUAUCUGGGCAUUUAAAAAGUUGAUGCAGCAACUCUUAGAGGAUAUUCUCAAAACCCAGUUGGCCUGUGAAAGAGCAUGGAAGUAUUGGAUAAGCACGAAGAUGCCUCCACCGGAACAUGCUCACAGAUACAGGAGGCUUAACGUCCCGUUGGAUUUCGAGCCAGAAAUGGAUCUCGUGGAAGAGCUAGACAAGUUCAGAGAUCUGACAAUUGAAUACUUGAAGGAAGAGAAGGAACAAAUUGUCAGCAUCGCAAACCAACUUGUGGCUUCAUGCUUUUAUUACCAGUUCGACAAGCAGGACCUUCAUGAGACCUCAAAUGAGACAGGGCAGGGCUGGAAAUGCACAGGCUCGUCACCCCUUUGCACAGGACGCAUCCAAUGUCGUCUUCCGCCUAGAAGUCAGAUAAGCAAGAACUUCGGUGAGCUCUUGUGGAGUCUGUUUCAAGAUAUCAAAAAAGAAAGAAAAGAAGGCUCAAAAGGACUUUGCUUCUGUGUCAACGAGACCCAUGUAGCAGACUUUGGGGCUGAAGAUGUGCAUGAGAUAGAAGAUAAGGUCAUCGAAGAUAUGCGAAACCACGGUGUUUUUGUGAUGUCCGAUUUUGACAUUUCAAUUUCGAGCGCGAUAGCUGAGACCAACAUAUUUAUGGUGCUGCAUAUGGAAAAGGGGGGCUUGAUCCCUAUCGGCGGAUUCCCGCGCAAUCUGCUGAAGGAUUAUCCAGACACAUAUCGAAGGAAAAAGAGGCCACCCAGAGACUCAAUAACCGCGAGCAUCGAUGCUCCUCAAACAGAUCACGACUUCCGCCUUCAGAUAGAGGAAAACCUUGCAGCUUCUAGAUGGAGGUCGAGACUUGUUACAAGAAGGAAGAAAUAUGGGCGGGGAUGGAGUUUCUGGGCACGUACAGAGGCUUCCACGGUUGAGUACAACUCUGAAGUGGGUUCCAUCUCCUCGGAGACGGUUUCUUCAAGUACCUCGGAUUCCGAAGAUUUUGCUUUUCCAGUUGCGAAAGAUUCCAGCGAGCCUGGUUCAGACGACGAAGAGGUGCCCGUCGAAGAAACUCGACAGAACGUGGAACAGAGCGAGCAAGAUGGACACAGGCAGCAAAAGGGAGAAGGCUCACCAAUUGCGGUCGAAAACCUCCCUGUCGGCAACCUUGACGAAGAAGGAGAUGAGGCCCGUGCUAGUAUUGCUGGAGCAGAGAGAUAG